AUGGCGGAAACCGUUGGCGUUGAGGAUAUUGAGAAGAUGUGGGAGACAGCUUUGAAGACGUACAAAGAGAGGACAGGAGAUGAUCUCAAUCACAGUGCAAACCUUACCUUGGAAGAGAUGGAAGCGGAGCUCAGCAAAAGCUUUCAAGGAGGUGAUACACGAGAUGACAUCGUCAAGAAAUCAUUGGAAAGCAUAAUACAGGCUGGGGCUGAGAUUUUGAGCGACGUCGCAUCGAACGCGUUUCCAGGAGCUGGAGUCCUGUUCAAAGCAGUCACGCCUCUGAUCGAAAUCACGCACAACUACCAGAAGUACUACACGCCCAGAAGCGUCCACGAUAUACUGGAGGAUAUCCUACCACACUUCAACAGAAUCGAAACCUGGGUGGAAUCAACACGUCAAGGAGCCAGAUUGAGUCGGAACCUCGUGGAGUUGAUCUUCCAGACCCUCGAGCAUUUUCUGAACAUAUGCGCCAUCUACCGCAAUAUUGUCCAAACCUCCGAACACAGGAAAGGAAGAUUCAAAAACUUUUGCAAAGCUGUCAUUGGUCUUGACCAGGGUAUAAAAGAGGAAGUUGAUCACCUUGAACGCUUAGCGAAGCAUGAACGGGCACAGACCGAAGCGGAAUCCCACGGGUACCUUCUUGUGGAUGAGGAUCGCCGGGCCCGGGCCAGGUACCAGAAAUCCAUCAGCGACAACCUGGAAAUCGAGGAAACCACACAAUUCCUGGAUCAGUGGACGGAGACGCAGACAAAGCUUCAAAAAGAAUACGUGAAGGGCAUUGGAUCAUGGCUGCCGGCACUUGAUGAAUUCUCUACGUGGGCAGAUGUUUGCCAAGCUGCAGCCCCGGUAUUGAUGUUGGAAGCAGACCCAGGUUUUGGAAAGACUUACCUCUGUUCCGAGAUCAUCAAGAAAUUGCAGGAUGGCCAAAUGCCUGAGAAGCAUAGGAUGUCAUCCAUUGCCUUCUUCUAUUUCAAGAGCUCGGAGAAGGGUCGCAUCUCAAAGGGACAGACCGCAAACCAAAGCCAAGGUGCCGCGAAAGACAGUCCGACGUCUGGACCUAUCCAAGAUGACCAGGUGUGCAUUCGAGAUGCUCUGAUAUCCCUCAUUUGGCAACUCACCUUGGUUGAUGACGAGUAUCAAAAAUUUGUGGCCAGCAAGAUGGAACUCCCCACUAGCCGGUUUCCCAAGAGUAAAGAGCUCUGGGAGAGAUUAGUCAAGGAGUAUGCCACGUUUGCAGGCUCAAAGCGCCGAAAAAUCUUCUUCCUCAUCAUCGACGGACUUGAUCUGGACCAGAGAACAGCAGAAGAGCAAGACGACUUCAAGUUUGUCGUUCAAGACAUCAUGAAAAUGCCCCGUAGCGAGUUCCAAAUUAGGAUACUGAUCACUGGAAAGAAAGAUAUCCUGAGCAAUCUUCAAAUCAGCGACAGCAAGGACUCGACACUCAUUCACGUUGCCGAACAUCGCCAAGGAGACAUGAAAGCAUUCAUCAAGUACAGAUUGCGCGCCGUCCCAAAGGAUUGGAAAGACAAAGAGCAAGUAGACCUCUUACGGCAAAUUGAGACCAAGUUCUGCGAUUGCGAGAAAUAUACGUCGGGCAGCUACCUGCACGUAUCGUCUCUCCUGGAUGAGGUCGCCCAUACCUAUGGAAACAAUGAACUUCGCGAUAUCCUGAAGCGUCACCCCGAGGAUUCGUGCAGUGCAGUCGCUUGGCAACUGAAGCGGGUCGAAGGCCAGUUGAGUGGUGACGAGAUAGAGGAAUUUAACGACAUCCUCAUCUGUAUGGUCCUCUUGGAAGUUUGGCCAAAUAUCAAGCAGCUCGCGACAUUUGCAUGGGACAAGUAUCUUCAUUUUUUCACGCUGUAUGAUGACGACAUAGUCGAAUCUGAACCAACGAUGAAGUACUUCAUCGACCGCCACCCACCGGAACCAGAACCCAUUUUCGCCAAUGAAACAUUUUCUCAAGGCGAGAAUUACGAAUCCGACGUUGCAUUGAUUAAACGACUUGCCCGAGCCUUUUGCCAAGGAGAGCUUCCAGCCAGACUUGAGCAGUUUUUCAAAUCGCUACCAGCUUCAACGCCCCGCAUCGAUUUGGACUGCGUUGAUGGACAUGUGAAGAUAGUUCUUUGUGUUCUAAGAGCAGUAUGCACUGAACGCAGGAAGAACUCUGUCUUCUUACAUGAGUACGCAGCUUUCUAUCUUCUCUCACACUUUGGAAAAGUUACAACCGACCAGCUGCGUCAAGUCACUGCAGAUGUCAAAACAGAAAUUGGCUACCAUCUCCAUGAAUUUUUCAUGGAUCAAGUUUCGGUAAACACUUGGAUGAAGCAAGACCUUUCUGACAGCGCCCUGGACACACUCUUCUUGGCUGAGCAGCAGCAGAUUGUGCAUGAUGCGCUCAGAUGGCAAGAAGGUGAAGACGUGAGAAAGGGAAUAGGGAUGGCUGCCAAGCAAAACAAGUAUUGUUCACAGGCCUCUAUGGAAGAGAACAUUCAAGGUUCUGGAGGAGAAGGAAAAUCAGAUGAGAAAGCUACCCAUGGAGACGACUUGAGCCAGGCCGGGGAACUGAGCAUCGAUCUAGAGGAAACCGAACAUGCCGCAGAGAUAACACACGACCCAGGUAACAUAAGCUCUACGGAGGAAGUAGUCCAACAUCAAGGACCCGCACAAGAUCUCACCGUUAUGAGCGCCAAUGAGAGGGACAGGCAGCAUGAUGCAUAUGAAACAGACACAGAGGCUAAUGAACAAGCUCGGUUGGAAAUUCACCAAGUCAUCCAAGCCCCACGGAAAGCUUUGGCAUAUUUAUGGCUUGAUGGUGUCGACUUUGAUGCGGAAACUAGCAUUUGGAAGCUGAUAAGAAUGUCUAGAGGCAACUUUGGAGAUCUGGAGGUCUGUUCCGCAGAUAGACUGAGCAAGAUAUCCAGACCCUCAUUAGAAUUGAUCUGGAAAUGGGCUAUUGGAGUUCUAGGAGACGCAGACAAUAUCAAAACGUCAAAUAGAUUGACGCGACUUGCCGAAACUGUCCUUGCAAUUCGGAAAGCUUCCUUGGAAGAGCAACACACCGACUCGGAGCCUUGGCAAACACGACCUUCAGGAGAAGAUGACGACUACGAAUACAUCGCCCAAAAAUGCCAAUUAGCCAAGCGUGAAGAUCCAAAUAAUUGGAGAGCUACUUGGUGCAUUGCGAAAGCCCAAAUGCAGCAGCGUCACGCACCAUGGAUCUGGCCCGGGGAACAUCCAGCCUUAGAAACAUUGGAACAGCUUCUGGAAGAGUUUCAGAAGAAAAACCUCAGGAAUGAAGACAGGAACCAACACGACAAGAUCCUCAGUUCUUUUUUAGAGCUUUGUGAGAACAAAAGCCUACCAUACAGGGCCGUAAGAGCAUUUGGCAGUCUCUUCGAGAAGUUCCCUAAUGACAUGGAUCUGGUGAAGAGAGGAUUUGAUUGGGUAAUGGCCCAGAAAGACCGCAUCUGCUUGAAGAAACUGAUACAUAUCCUCGUCAUGACGCCGGAGAAAGGAGGAUGCAGUCCAAUGACCAACCUACUUCACAAGCUUGCUGAAUCACAAGAAUUCCACGGCAAUCUUUGGCUGGCACUAUACGACGACUUGGGACUCACCAUAAAGUGCUAUACUGACGCCAUCAACGUGACAACCGACAUUUCCGUGGUGGCUAGAGGUAACCUACGCUUCUAUUACGCCGUGGCACUGUACCAUCAACAAAAGGUGGAAGAUGCGACCGGAAUGUGGGAAAGCAUCAAACUCGAACGGCCACAGUUCAGAGCACACCCGGAACUCCGACAGUUGCAAGCCCAGAUCUCCGAGAAGCUUGCUCUAUGCUACGUUCAGCUUACUCGGUCUUCCAUCAAGAAGGCGUCAGCGUCAGAUGGAGAAACUGAAUACAUCAAGAAAGUCCGAGAGUUGAUUCAAAAGGGAAAAGAGGGACAAGAUACUUCGGUGACGGACAUCCGGUACUUGACGCUAUCACUAUGCCGGAUCCACAAGCUCAACGGACAAGAGGAGGAAGCCAAAAGCUGCAUCGGUAGCUAUGUCAAAGCCGCAGCCGACAUCCUGGUGGACGAAACAUACGAUAACGACAGCGAAGGUUAUAGGGCACUUGGCGAGAUCUUCGUUGCUCUAGGUGAUGAGAAGAGGGCAAAAGACGCCUGGUCAAUGAUCAACGACACCGGGGACGGACAUCUUUUUGAGCUGCCAAUAUUCUGCGAUGGGGGAUGUGGCAAGAGAUGGGAGCGUUAUCCGGAUACGGAGAUGCACAUCUGCAAGGACUGUAGGGGUGUACACCUCGACAAGACGUGCCACGAGAAGCUGAAGAGUGGAAAAUUACGACAAAGAGUCUGUGGAAAAGACCACCCGUUUUUCACAGUGCAAAAAUGGGAUGGUAAAGCGAGGAAAGAAAUGACAAGCCGGGUCGCCAAAGCUGGAGAUUUGGUAACUCUGACGACAAGUUGGGUGGAUGAGAUCAACAGCCAGUAUGUGGUCAAACAGACCAACAACCAACACCAUCACAGGUAG